AAAUAUGUUUGUUCUUUUGUCCAAGGAAACUUUCUUUCCUUCAUGCCCAGUUGAACUCUCUCCGUCCAAAACCGGUCGCAUGUUCCAUGCAUCAUGGCUUCCCCUAACAGCUUGUCAAUAUAUGAGGACGAGUCCUUCACAAUCCACACGGCUCUUUUGUUCUCGUCUCCAUACAGGAUGUUUCUUCAAAACAUAUCCCUCGUCAUAUCGCGCACCUCCGGCUUGAUUCUUAAAACAUACUCCCGUGCCUCCGCUUCCGCUCCAGACCCUCUCCCCCCUUCCGACAUCGACCUCACCCACCUAACAAUUCUUCCCGGCCUGGUCGACGCCCACACUCACAUCUUCCUGCAUGCCUACUCCGAAGUCUCGGCCACUCAUCAAAUGCUCCACGAAUCCCCGGUCGAGCGCAUCCUCCGCGCCUCAAACCACGCACGCGCCGCGCUCGACGCCGGCUUCACCACAUACCGCGACCUGGGCACCGAAGGCAUGGCCACCGCCGACAUCUCCCUCCGCGACGCUAUCAACCGCGGCAUCACACCGGGCCCCCGGCUCUUCAUCGCUACAGAUCCCAUCACCACCUCAUCUAGCUACACCAUCGCAAACGAAAACCCAACCCUCCACGUCCCCCGCCUCGCCGACGAAGCAGACGGCACCUCCGCUCUUCGUGCCGCAGUCCGCCGCCGCCUAGGCGCAGGCGCAGACAUCAUCAAGAUCUACGCUGACCAAGAAUCGCGCGCCGGCCGCUAUCCAGAGCCUUCAUUUCCCGGCGCCCUGCCCAUGCGCUUCCCCCCGCUUUGGGGCGAUGUCCCGCAACACAUCACGCUGUUCACUGCUGAAGAGAUGGCCGCCGUGGUUGACGAAGCGCACGCCGCGCACUGCCCGGUGGCCGCGCAUGCCAGCUCGCCUAAAGCGGUCAUCCGCGCGGCGCGCGCGGGCGUCGAUACGAUCGAACACGGACAGGAACCCAGCGCGGAGGCGAUCUCCGCGAUGAGAAAAGCCGGCUGUAUCUUUGUGCCGACGCUGAGCGUUAUGGAGUAUGAAGUGCCGGCGGACGUGCUGCCACGCAUGUAUGCGCAUACGUAUGCGGCGUGGAAAGACGGCGUGAAGAUUGCGUGUGGCGGAGAUACCGGACCGGUGCCCCAUGGACAGAAUGUGCGUGAAUUGGAGCUUCUGCUUGGUGCCGGGGUGCCGCUUGCUGAUGUGCUUGCUGCGGCGACGGUGCGCGGAUGGGAGGCGUGUGGCGGCGAGUGGUGCGGACGGCGGUUUGGAGUGUUGCAGGAGGGAUGGGCGGCGGAUAUUGUUGGACUCGAAGGGGAUGUUAGAGAGGAUGCGAGUGCGUUAAGGAGGGUGGCGUUUGUGAUGAAGGAUGGGGAGGUUUGGAAGAGGGAUGGGAGGAGGGUUGGAUGA